ACCAAAUAUGGAGGAAAAUAUACUGUAACGUUGAUUCCAGGAGAUGGAAUUGGUCAAGAAACUGCAGCUGCUGUCAAGACAAUAUUUAGAGCAGCCAAUGUUCCGGUUGAAUGGGAACAAUUGGAUGUUACAGGCUAUACUCAAGAAGGGGAUCUUUUAUUUAAGCAAAGUGUGGAUAGUUUAGUUAGGAACAAAGUUGCGUUGAAGGGUAUCCUAUAUACACCCAUAUCAAAAUUAGGGCAUCAGUCUUUUAAUGUUGCUAUGCGUAAAGAUUUAGAUAUUUACGCAUCUUUAGUUAUCAUUAAAAAUCUUAAAGGUUGCCCAGCACGUCAUAAAAAUGUGGAUUUUGCAAUUAUACGUGAGAACACUGAGGGUGAAUAUUCUGGGUUAGAACAUCAGUCAUAUCCAGGAGUUGUAGAAUCUGUCAAGAUUGUAACUCGAACAAAGACAGAACGUAUUGCACGUUUUGCUUUUGAUUUUGCUCUUAAAUUUGGACGUAAAAAGGUUACUUGUGUUCAUAAGGCUAAUAUUAUGAAACUUGGAGAUGGGCUUUUCCUUAACACUUGUCGUGAAGUAGCCAAAGACUACAAAUCUUCAGGAAUUGAAUUUGAUGAUAUGAUUGUUGACAAUUGUUCCAUGCAAUUGGUAUCUAAACCUCAACAAUUUGAUGUGAUGGUUAUGCCAAAUUUAUAUGGUAAUAUUGUUAGCAAUGUAGGUGCAGCAUUGGUUGGUGGAGCAGGUAUCAUUCCUGGUGCUAAUAUUGGUAGAGAAUAUGUCAUAUUUGAACCUGGAUGCCGUCAUGUUGGAAAAGAUAUUCAGGGUAAUAAUACUGCUAACCCAACUGCAUUGAUUCUUUCCGGAGUUAUGAUGUUGCAACAUUUAGGACUUAAUGAUUAUGCUAAUAGAAUUAGUAAUGCUGUAUAUAAAACAAUUGAAAGCGGAUCGGCCAGAACACAUGACAUGGGCGGAGCAUCUACAACAACCGAUUUUACCCUUGCAGUAAUUUCGAAUUUGUAG